UGGGGAUCUAUUUCAGCCUCAUCUCUAAUACUUAAUCAUGAAAAGGAGGAAGCCCAGACUGAAGUGAACUAAAACUUUGUCUCCAAGAGAGGAUUGUGGCUUGGUCCUGAGUUGAGGCACAAUGAAGAAGAACAGGAAGUCUAUCACGAGAGUGGGCGAGCGCGGGGCCCCGCGCAGCUCGAGCUCGCCGCGCCCAGGGGCGCUGCAGAAGAUGCUGAAGGGAGGGGAGUACGCCCUCUCUGUGUCUCCUCCCGUGCUGGAGAGCAACUUUAUCCAGGUCAACAGGAGAGGAGAAUCCAUUUACGUCCAUAACCGAGCCAACUGGGUGACAGUAGGCAUCUGCUCUUCCAGUCCCACCAACAAGACCCCCAGCGUCAUGCUGCUGGCACAUCUGACGCCCCCUGCCCAGAAAGACACAAAAUCUGUGUUUAAAAAUCUCCUGACAUCUCCCAGAGAGAAACUGGUGCUCACCAGAUUUCUUCCUCUGCAGUUUGUGAAUCUUUCUUUGCAUGAUGCUGACAAAAUGCGCCUGAAGGUAAAGCUCGUGAGUGGUCGAGCCUACUACCUACAGCUCUGUGCCCCUGCAUAUAAACAGGAAACUUUAUUUUGUCGCUGGGUAGAACUCAUCUCCCUCUUGAAUCAGGAGAAAAUCAAACCUUCCAAAGUGUCCAAAGUCUUGAGCCUCUCAGAUAUCACCAAUAGCACAGAUAUCACAUGCUCCGGGGACAUCAUGGAUAUCACAGAGUUCGCAGCUGUCCAGACUGAGCACACACACAAAUAUAUAGAACCCAUAAGUGUCGUGGAAAGCAUGGAUUUCUCAGAAUUCACAGAUGUCACCGACAUCACUGAUGUCACGGAAGUUCCAGAAAAUGAGAUUUCAGAGGCCCCAGAGGUAAGAAUUGUCACAGAAGUCAUGGAAAUCUCAGACAGCCCUGAUGUCACAGACUUCUCCAGCGUCAGAGUGGUAUUUGAAAACGAUGACAUAAAAAAGGCAAAGCAACAGGAAAAGGAAAAAUUUGAAAACAUGCUGAAGCACGGGUGUUUACGAAAGUCAAAAAGUAAGAAUGACUUAAAAGGAUCCUCAAAACGUGUCACCAUCUCAAACACAACACUGACUUUUGAAGGUGAAAGAUGUUUUCAAACUACCUUGACUCCAAACGUAAGUGAGGCAAAUAUAUCCAAAGAGACAGAUCAAAAAACCCCUGAAGAAAAGAAGACUGAUGUAAAAGAUACAGUGCACAAGGCUGAAGAAACCAGGAACACAAGGACUGUUCCAGACGCUUCAGGUAUGGAACAAAUUCCACUGCGUGUUUCAUUGUGAUCCCUGGUAUCCAGAAGUGAGCCCCAGUUCUUGGAAUGAGUACUUAGGAGGAAAGGAAUCCAGCCAGAUUUUUCUGAUGCUUUCCUUUCCCCUCCCUUUGCUCCAUCCUGGACAUCCUGCACUGGAGAAAUUCUUCUUCAAAGCCUGUCUCUUUAGUGGUAGGCAUGACUUCAAGAUUCUUCUUCAGUGCCUGGUGGAGUUCAGUUUUCUAGUUCCCUGGAUCAAACUCAUCUGGCUUUGACAACUCCAAGGCUAGCUCUGCAGAUGGAACCCAACCUAUGACGAUAAUAGGACCUCCCACCUCAUUUUUGCUGCUUUGGAAGGGGAGUGAUUCACAACUAAAUUUCUUGGCUUGUAUAGUUUUGCAGUUUUCCCUCUGAUUAGCAUUUCUUUCCCCC